AGAGAAAGUGCCUUGCUUGAUGAUCCCCAUUUGCAAGUUGCCGGCCAAAAGUAAGCAUAUGUCCCCCGAAUUUUGAGUUUUGGUUAGAGAUCAAUGCCGGUCUCAUCAGGUCAGUACAUCAAGACUAGGCCCCACUGUUCAUGAAACUAACGGCUCAGAUUCAACAGUGUACCAUCCAGCAUUGACUUUUUAACUAAAGUCAGUUAAUGAGAGCUCAGCGGUUCAACACAGACGGGGAACUCGACCCACUUUCCCCUUCCAAGUUUCAAUUCACUCUGUUAAAAAAGAAAAAUUAGAGAUUUUUUUUCCUUCCAAUUCAAUAAGACUCCCAACUUUCGAUAAAAGGGAAGGAGAACUGGACUGAGAAUAAGAGAAAGAAAGCAAUGAACGCGAGCCGUCCGGCGGUGCACCCGGUGGAGGCUCCACCGCUUACGGACGCGGCGGUGCACCAUCCUAGAGUGAGGAUGAAGGACGUCCAAGGCAUGCCUGGGACUAAAGGCGGCCUUUUUCUGCGUCUUUCCCAGUUCAUGUUUGCCAUCAUUUCUGUCUCUGUAAUGGCCACCACCAAUGAUUUCCGCUCCGCCACCGCUUUUUGCUACCUCGUUCUUGCUGUUGGGUUGCAAAGUUUGUGGAGCCUGUCCCUGGCAUUUGUUGACAUAUAUGCCCUUUUGGUGAAACGAAGCCUGCGGAACAACAUAGUAAUCCGUUUGUUCACCAUUGGCGAUGGGAUCACUUCAACCCUUACAUUUGCUGCUGCUUGUGCAUCUGCUGGUAUCACAGUCCUGAUUGGUAAUGAUCUUGAUAAAUGUGCCAUGAACCACUGCACUAAGUUUGAGACUGCUACAGCAAUGGCUUUUAUUAGCUGGUUUGCCAUGUCACCAUCCUUUCUGUUGAAUUUCUGGUCAUUGGCAUCCCAGUGAUGAUUGUAUACAAAGUCCACCAGUGGAGUUUGUACGUUGUAGUGUUGUGCAGCCUUUUCAAUCUGUUCUAUUGUUGAUUGCACCAACAGUGUAUAUAUCCAUUUUUGCUAGGGUUCCUAAGGGUUUUUUUUUUUUAAUUUUGAAUACAAUUUUUAUAUCUUGGAGGGAGAAACCAUUAAAUUAUAAAUUACUUAGCAUUGCUUCCCCCUUU